UUCGUUCACUACACACCUUGCCAAAGCAAGAACCCCACGAGACCCAGAGUGAAGGAUAGAGCUGGGAACAUAAUCCAAGAAAAACACCAAGAUGAAAGCGACCUGCUUUGCUGCUUCUCCUUCUUCUUGUCUCACUGCCACCACCUCGUUCUCGCCGUUGAUUUUCCGGGAACAUCUGGCCUCAAGAUGUCCUUUGGCGUCGGUUUCGAUCAAGAAUCGGCGGAGUUGGAUGGGUGGCUUCAAUCCCAAGAGUUCAAACACCACUCGUCCCAAGGCAGCCUUGAGAAGUGACUUGGAAGCAGCUGGAAUUCCGGCUUCGGUGCCGGUGCGGGUAGCCCACGAGCUCCUUCAGGCCGGACACCACUAUUUAGAUGUCAGGACUCCUGAAGAAUUCAGUGCCGGUCAUGCAUCUGGAGCUAUCAACAUCCCUUACAUGUACAGAGUUGGAUCAGGGAUGACAAAGAAUGCGAGCUUUAUCAAGGAAGUCUCGGCGCAAUUUAGAAAGGAUGACGAAAUUAUCAUUGGAUGCCAGCUUGGGAAACGAUCAAUGAUGGCCGCAAAAGAUCUACUUGCUGCAGGUUUUAGCGCCGUUAUAGACAUAGCCGGUGGCUACGCCGCCUGGACACAAAAUGGGCUCCCCACAGACCUGUGAACGUGCUCGCGUCUUCUUAGGGAUGAGGCGUGAGGGCGAUUGGAAUUCGCCGUCGAAGAAGCAGAGUAGGCUCUGCAUCAGCUUAGAUCUCAUUGACGGCUGAAGAUGCCACGCGCAUCGUCAAUGUGCUAGAGAUAUCGCUCAUCCCAAUGUCGAAGCACACUCAUAAGCAUGUGCAGCGAACAAUGUAACUUGAGUUCGACAUUAUACAGGAAUAACUCUUGGAUUAUAAGAGACUCUAUACGAA